CGGUCGUGAGGUGGGAUGGGAAGAGAGAAGGAAGAGGGAGAGGCGGAGGGCGGGGACGUAACGGCGGCAACGGAGACGGAGACGGGAGUUUCAAAAAUUGCUGACGGGUGGGACCUGCGUUGGACACGUGGCGUUCUCUGUGUGGCGUGUCUCGAUGCUGACAUGGCAAGACUCGAGCACCCGAUAUUUUCUCGAUCCGUGGAGACAGAGAUCGCUUCCACGUGGCUCCGCGGAGAUGCGUGUGCCUCCAUCAAUGCAUCUCGCACUCACAUUCCGCGACGCAAUCCGGAGCACGCGCGCGCGGACGAACCGGUAGUCUCUCCGGACGAACCUCGCUCGAUUCGCGAAGAUCGCGAGCGGCCGCGGGACCGGUCGCGGCCAGUGAUGGACGGCGACGGCGGAGCGAGGCCGGAGGAGGCGGAGAGGCGGAUGGAGGAGGAGGUGCGGCGGGCGGUGGAGCAGGCGAAGGAGCUGCAGGACGCCGCCGCGGCGCACGUCGCCCUCUCGUCGGGCGAGGAGCAGUCGAUACGGCAGCGCACGCUCGCGCUCGACUCGUCCAUCCGCCGCCUCCGGGACUCCAUCGGUGCUCAGGCGAGCAGCGGGCUGCUCGAUUCGAAGCUCGCGGACAGGCUCGAGGAGGAGCUGCAGAGGGCCAGGUGCAUCAUGGCCGACGGGGAUGCGUCGGCGUUUCUUCCGUCGAAAGCUCAAGGCGGCUUCGUGAGGAUGUUUCUGGGCCCGAUCAACGUGCGUGCGAGGAAAGAGGUGCAGCUGAAAGUCAAGGAAGAGUACAACAGUUACAGAGAUAGAACUGCUCUCCUCUUUCUCAUUUUCCCGUCGGCACUUCUAGUGUUGAGAUCUUGGCUGUGGGAUGGAUGUUUUCCAGCAUUUCCUGUUCAGCUGUACCAGGCAUGGCUAUUAUUCCUCUACACUGGUUUGGCAUUGAGAGAAAAUAUACUAAGCAUCAACGGAAGUGAUAUUAGGCCCUGGUGGAUAUACCAUCACUAUUGUGCAAUGAUUAUGGCCCUUGUCAGCCUAACUUGGGAGAUCAAAGGACAACCAAACUGUGCGCAAAAGCAGAGGGGUGUGCAACUUUUUCUUCAAUGGGCUAUAAUGCAAGGGGUCGCGAUGCUUCUACAGAAUAGAUAUCAACGUCAGAGACUAUACACACGCAUUGCACUGGGCAAGGCUAAGAGAAUGGAUGUUGUCUGGGGAGAAACUGCAGGCGUGGAUGGUCAGUUAUGGCUUCUUUGUCCUAUUCUUUUCAUUAUGCAGGGUUUUGAGGCCUACGUGGGGUUCCUGCUGCUCCAAACUGCAUUGGUCGGGGUAGUUUCCGAAUGGCAGGUGAUAUUCUGUGGGGUCCUGUUGGUUCUGAUGGCCGUCGGGAACUUUGCGAACACCGUACAGACUCUGAUGGCCAAGUCGAGGUUCAAGGCAAAGAUGAAGAGAACAAAGAGCAAGCAGGAACUAGACUAGGGCUAGGCGCCUUGAAACUGUAUGUUGUUGACCUUUACAUAGCUCCCUGAUUGUCUUUUCAUAUUCUUUUCCCACUCA